AUGGACUCACCCAAGGUCGCCGGCCUCCCGGAUAAUUUGCAUUAUAUCCAAUAUGAGCACGGACUUGAAGCAAAAUAUCUCCCUGCUAUACGUUCUCUUAUUGCCAAGGACCUGAGCGAGCCAUAUAGCAUUUACGUGUACCGGUACUUCCUCUAUCAAUGGGGGCAUUUAUGCUUCAUGGCCCUGAACCCCACCGACUCGUCUCUCAUUGGCGUCAUCAUUUGCAAGCUAGAACUUCAUUCUUCUCACUCUCCGCCGACAAGGCGUGGUUACAUCGCAAUGCUCGCUGUUGCCUCCCCAUUUCGUGGAAAAGGUAUUGCGACUGCCCUUGUGAAACGUGCCAUCGACGCUAUGGCUCGGCGGAACGCUGAUGAGGUAGUCUUGGAGACAGAGGAAACCAAUACUCAGGCCAUGCGUUUGUACGAACGCCUGGGCUUUUUGCGCUCUAAGAAGCUACACAGGUAUUAUCUCAACGGUAACAGUGCCUAUAGAUUGGUUCUCCUUCUCAAAUCCAUCGAUCCAGAUGCUGUCAUUGAAGAUUACGAUGGUCUAUGA